UCGGCAACAUCUGUUCACCCCAACAGCAAGAGUGGGUCAGUUCCACCAAAUCUGAAGAGUAGCAUACCUUUUUAUGGCCCUCAAUUUACACCUCCAACAUUUUUGCAACUAGAAAAACGACAUCGAGAUAUUCAUGGCAUCCAAAGAGAAGAGUACGCACUAGGAGUCCAAUUGCAAUGCAAGGCCUGCAAAGAGAAUAAUAAGCAACGUGGUGAUCCUAAAAGUGGAGAAGAUAUGUACUGCUUUGCGACCACAAGUCAUCUAUUCUGGGAGAAGUGGGAAUUUUGGAAGAUCCCUCGUUAG